UAUGUCUAUAAAGCAGGCCUCCUAUAGCUGCUUCUUCACGUCUGAUACCCCCACCAUAUCGCUUUCAUUCAUUCAUGUCACACACAUCACUGCUGCGCUGAUCCAUCCGUCGAUCUGACAUCAGAGCCAACUGCCAAGCUUGCAAACUCGUCGAUCAUCUCGCUCUGUGUGACUAGUUGCAUUGAUUGCUUCCAUUCGUUGUGAUUCUAACCCAACAUCAAUUUUCUCAUAUUUGUUCAACGAACCACGAACAUACCAAUCAUCGUGGUUUCCAGUAAUACAAAAAUUGGCACGUGGGUCCGUUCGGUGCCAGGUGCCAGCGGGUGAACUCCUCGAUCAUCUUGUUCUGUAAAUACCACAAGAGACCAAGGAACUGAAGGACACAGAGCACUCUGUGUUCCCGCUAAAAAUCAAGCUUUAUAAGAUACAGAACCUGCAAUGGCUGUGGUAUUGGAUGCUUUGGCAUCCUAUCUGCAAGAUAUGCUGGUGGAGAUGGUUGAAGAAGAGGUGCAUCUGCUCUUGGGUGUUCCCGAUGAGAUAGAAAAGAUGGGCAUCAAGCUCGGGGACCUCAAGAGGUUCCUUGCUGAUGCUGACAAGAGGAACAUUAGAGACGAGACUGUGCAGUCAUGGGUCAGAGAGCUUAGAAAUGCCAUGUAUGAUGCCACCAAUAUCCUUGAUUUGUGCCAGCUCAAUGCCAUGGAACGGGGUCCGACCAAGGAUAUGGGUUGCUUCAAUCCCUUGCUCUUUUGUAUAAGGAACCCUCUCUAUGCUCAUGACAUUGGUAAUCGCAUCAAAAGCCUUAAUAAGAGGCUAGAUGACAUUGAGAAGCGUAGCAAAGCCUUCAACUUCAACCUUGCAUCUUAUGAGGACAACACGAGAAUGGUAGAAUCCUCCCUUCGCGCUAGGCGGGAGACGACGGGGGAGGAUGAGUUUGGUGUGGUUGGUGUGAAGAUUGAGGAGGACACUAGAAGUCUUGUGGAUUUGCUCAUACAGAAGGAGAAAAAUGUACAUGAACACAAAAAUGUUAUGGUUUAUGCUAUUGUGGGAGUUGGGGGGAUUGGCAAAACCACCCUUGCCAAGAAGAUCUUUAAUCAUGACUUCAUCAAACAAGAGUAUGAAAAGAGAAUAUGGUUGAGUGUCAAUAAAGAAUUUAAUGACAUUGAUCUAUUAGAGAGAGCUAUCACUGAAGCACAAGGAGACCUUCAAGCAGCGAGAAACACAAAGGCUGCACUAGAGCGAACCCUUAAGGAAGCCUUGAAGGGGUGCAAGACCUUGUUGGUGAUGGAUGAUGUUUGGGACCCCCAUGUAUGGGAGAAGGUGCUCGAGCCUCCUUUGAUAAACUCACUUGCUCGAGGAAGCCGUGUUCUUGUAACAACAAGACAUGACAUGGUUGCUCGAGGCAUGACGGCGGAGGUGCCGUACCACCAUGUCAAGAAAUUAGAGCAUGAAGAUGCCUGGUCUUUGCUGAAGAAGCAGGUGAUCGGGAAUGGAAAUAAUGAUGAAAAAAAUGUUGACAGACUUAAGUAGAUUGGAAUGGAAAUUAUAGAAAAAUGUGAUGGUUUGCCACUUGCUGUUAAAGUAAUGGGAGGCCUCCUACGCCAGAAAAAUACGAGACAAAGGGACUGGGAAAAAAUCCUAAAUGAUUCUAUAUGGUCAGUGUCCCAAAUGCCUGAAGAACUAAACUAUGCAGUAUACCUUAGCUACCAAGAUUUAAAUCCAAAUUUGAAGUCUUGCUUUCUGCACUAUGCCCUCCUCGCCAAGAACACAGUGUUCUAUGCCAACAACAUUGUUGCCAUGUGGAUUAGUGAAGGAUUUGUUCGUGGAAACAGCACAUGUGAUUUAGAAGCACUAGGAAAGGACUACCAUGGCCAGUUAAUAGCUUUUUUUUAGAUAAAGGAUAUAAAAUCCGGCCUCUACAUCCGAGGAUGUACACAGCCCAGUAUUACAGAGUUUUAUAAGAGAUAAACAAAGAGAGCCAAAGUCCUAUACAUGGACCAGGACGCUAGUUUAAACAAUAUAAAUGUUUCCAUCCUUUAUUGGAUAUCUCUAAAGCAAUUACUUCUAAUUUCUUGCUUAUCUUCGAGAGCACGUCCAUGGCUGUCUCAUCAUGCUGCAGCUGAGCCCAAAAGCAUAACCAGUACGCUCCCCUGAAAAUUACCUGCAUAAUAGAGUUAGUUUUCAUUUUAUUAAAAACAUAAUCAUUGCGGCAUCUCCAAAUAGCCCAAAGCAAAGCAGCCACCCCCACCCAAAUCAGAUCUCUAAUCUUUUUAUUUUAAUUAGAUAGCCAAGUACCAAACAUGUGGCUGAUUGAUCUAGGUUGGGUCAAACUAGUAGCAAAGAAGAUAAUCCUCCAAAUCAUUUUGGUAAAGAGACAGUCUAGGAAUAAAUGUUGAAUAGUUUCAUUCCCAUUACACCAAAUGCACUUCUGACUCCCUUUCCAAUUUUUCGUAGCAAGGUUGUCUUUGGUUAGGACGACACCCCUUUGCAGGAACCAAAGAAAAAUUUUAAUUUUUAGAGGUACCUUUAUCUUCCAGAUCUUCCUAUGCCGAAAGGGUGUAUGUGUAUCUAUAAGAUUGAGAUACAAGGAACGGACAGAGAAGAACCCUGAUCUGGUUAAACUCUAUCUGAAAUAAUCUGAACCAUCCACCAAUUCGACAUGGGAUAUCUUUGCCACUAGACUAAGCCAAUCUGUAAGUUUAUUAUCCACCAAGGCCCUCCUAAAAGAUAUGUUCAGAGGGUUCGUACUCAUCACUUUUGAGACUGUGGCGUGAGGAUCUCUCACUAUGUUAUAUAAAGAUGGAUAACUAGCUUUCAGAGACUUAGCCCAUACCCAUGUAUCAUCCUAAAACCUAGCUGCGGUUCCAUCUUUAAUAUGAAAAGAACCUUUUGCCAACACCUCAUCUUUGAUACGCAUGAGGCCUCUCCAAAAAUGGGAGUCAUUGGGCUUAGCUGUCACCUGGGAUAGGCUUUUGGAGUUUAGGUAUUUAUUCCUUAAAAGUGUUUGCCAUAUACCUUCUGUAUUCAAUAGAUUAACCAGCCAUUUGGCUAGGAGGCACUUGUUUUG